AUGAGUGUACCCACAUGCCAGCUGGCACUGACAAACUCAAUGAGUGCACCUACAUGGCAGCUGGCACUGACAAACUCAAUGAGUGUACCCACAUGGCAGAUGGCACUGACAAACUCAAUGAGUGUACCCACAUGGCAGCUGGCACUGAUGAACUCAAUGAGUGUACCCACAUGCCAGCGGGCACUGAAAAACUCAAUGAGUGUACCCACAUGCCAGCUGGCACUGACAAACUCAAUGAGUGUACCCACAUGGCAGCUGGCACUGACAAACUUAAUGAGUGUACCAACAUGGCAGCUGGCACUGACAAACUUAAUGAGUGUACCCACAUGGCAGCUGGUACUGACAAACUCAAUGAGUGUACCCACAUGGCAGCUGGCACUGACAAACUCAAUGAGUGUACCCACAUGGCAGCUGGCACUGACAAACUCAGUGAGUGUACCCACAUGGCAGCUGGCACUGACGAACUCAAUGAGUGUACCCACAUGGCAGCUGGCACUGACGAACUCAAUGAGUGUACCCACAUGGCAGCUGGCACUGACGAACUCAAUGAGUGUACCCUCAUGCCAGCUGGCACUGACAAACUCAAUGAGUGUACCCACAUGGCAGCUGGCACUGACGAACUCAAUGAGUGUACCCUCAUGCCAGCUGGCACUGACAAACUCAAUGAGUGUACCCACAUGGCAGCUGGCACUGACAAACUCAAUGAGUGUAUCCACAUGCCAGUGA